AUGGACGACGCCGCAGGAGAGGAAGAAGCUUCCAUGUUCGAGACCAGCCAUGUCCUGGGCGCGCUGCUGGCCUCCUCACCGCUGCUGGCGCGCGCCUGGGACCGCUGCACGGCCGCCACCGCCGCGGCGCCCGGGUUCGUCGUGCACGGCGAGGAAGACGGCGGCAAGGUGUACGUGGGGUUCUCCGGGGUGCAGGCCGCGCUGUCGGCGGCAGGCGCGGCGGUGGCCGGCGGCGGCGGCGGCGCAGACGUCUUCGCGCCGGUGGGGCUCGGCGGCGGCAGGGACGCUGCGGCGGGGCGGAUGUUCGCACCGCUGGUCGCCGCCGAGCCCGACCCGGCCGCUGCCGCGGGGGAGCCGGUUGCUGUGCAGGCGCUGGCGCUGCAGUGCUUCUUGAAACUCUGCAGCUCUCCUGAUUUCCAGAUGCUACUGAAUGAGAUCAGGGGCAAGGCAGUCGUGUUCACGGGCCACUCCCUCGGUGGCGCCAUUGCGGCCCUCGCGGCGCUACACUACCUCUGCAUCUCAUCGUCAAGCUCGCCAUGGGCACCUGUUCCUCCUGUCCUGUGCGUCACCUUUGGAAGCCCAUUACUAGGCAACGAGGCGCUGUCCAGGGCCAUCCUGCGUGAGCGCUGGGGUGGUAACUUCUGCCACGUAGUUUCACAGCACGACGUCGUCCCAAGGCUCCUCUUCUGCCCGCCGGACGCCGUCCCCACGCACAUCAUUGUCGGAAUGCAACUGCAUCAAUGGCCGACACGGACUCACCAAACAGGCGCGGUGACCACGGUCACCAUGCGCAUGGCGGACACUGACAAGGACGCGCUCCGGCAGCUGAUACAGUUGCACGUUGGCGCUGUGGCCAUGGAGCAGAAGCUUGCCGCUCCAGAGACGACAGGCAGGAGCCCGUACCGGCCGUUUGGUACGUACGUGCUGUGCUCCCCCGAAGGCGCGGCGUGCGUGGACAGCGCGACGGCCGCGGUACAGAUGCUGUACGCUACCUUCGCCUCUCGGAGCUCGCCCGGCGCAGAGUCCCCGGAGGCAGCGCACUCCUGCUACGGCGAGCUCGUUUUGAAAAUGCCACAGCAUUUGCUCCUUAAGAGACGCCUGCGUGUGGGCGACACGCCGGCCACGCCCAACUACGACGACGGUGUCUCCCUCGCGUUGGAGGCCUCCGGCAUCGACGCCAUGGCCAUGGAGGCGUCAACGGCGCGGCAGUGGCUGAAGACAUCGAAGCGGGCAGGGCGGCGGCCGAGCCUGAACUGCGCUCGCCUGGCAACGCAGCUAGGCCGGAUCACGCCGUGCCGUGCGCAGAUCGAAUGGUACAAGGCGCUGUUCGACGCUGAGAUGGGGUACUACGACGCGUUCAAGCAGCGGCGGUCGCCCAGGAAGUACUCCAAGGUGAACUUCAACCGCAUCAAGCUGGGCCAGUUCUGGGACCGCGUGCUCACCAUGCUCGACGCCGGCCAGCUACCCCACGAUUUCCACCGCCGCGCCAAGUGGGUCAACGCCGCCCGCUUCUACCAGCUCCUCGUCGAGCCUCUCGACAUCGCUGACUACCACCACCAUGGCCACCACCGGACGAGCGGGAGCUACAUGACCCACGGCCGGGAGAGGAGGUACGAGCUGUUCGACAGGUGGUGGCAGGAGAAGGCAUGCACGGGCGGCGCCGGCGGCGACGUCACGUCCUCCAUGUCGGCAGCGUCGGCGAGCAGCCGGAGACGCAGCAAGUACGCCGGGCUCACGCAGGACCCGUGCUUCUGGGCGAGAGUGGAGGAGGCGAGGGAGCAGACGGAGAGCGCCCGGGGCGAGCGCGAUGUGGGGGAGCUGGCGAUGAAGCUGGAGGAGCUGCAAGAGUUCGAGUGCUACUCCCGUGAGCUGGUGGCGAGCAAGGAGGUGUCUGUCGACGUGCUCGCGCCGCAGUCGAGCUACACGCUGUGGGUGGAGGAGUGGAACCAGCUCAAGCUCAGGGAUGAAGUGAGGACAAUGUUGCUUCGGUUUUGA